CAAAAGGCUUCGAACCCUUCCCUGCUGCCCCCCCACCACCAGGAGGACAACAAUCUGAUCCGGGAAGAAGCCGAAGGCGAUCGAAUCUAGGAAUUCCUGAUCUCUGUCUUCCGAGAUCCGAUUCUUGAAGAGAAGAGGGAGGAGCGGGGCGCGCAGCAAUGGCGGAGGAAGGGAAAGAGGGUUGGUUCAUCUACGGGUUCGUGGCGCGGGGGACCGUGGUGCUCGCGGAGUACACGGAGUACACCGGCAACUUCCCGGCGAUCGCGGCGCAGUGCCUCCAAAAGCUCCCCUCCUCCAACAAGCUCUCCACCUACGCUUGCGAUGCCCACACUUUCAUCUUCCUCGUCCAUAAUGGCUACGCAUACUGUGUUGUUACCAAAGACUCUGUUGUGAAAAAUGUUUCCAUAGCUUUCUUGGAGCGACUGAAAGCGGACUUUACCAAGAGAUAUGGUGGUGGCAAAGCUGAUACAGCAACUGCCAAAAGUCUAAAUAAAGAAUUUGGCCCAGUCAUUAAGGGGCACAUGCAAUAUAUAAUUGAUCAUGCAGAAGAGGUAGAAAAGCUUUUGAAAGUUAAGGUCCAAGUUUCAGAAGUGAAAAACAUUAUGUUGGAGAACAUCGAUAAGGUACUUGAUUCUUGUUACAGAUGUUUUGAUGCAACUUCAGUAAUAAAAGGUUAGGUAUACAAAUUUGUAGUAAUAAUUCCUUGUGUUUUCAAAUACCGAGUGCACUGGAAUUUAAUUGGAAUUUUAUAUUUGAGCUUCAUCUUUUACUGUUUUCUAUUAAAAUCCCUACUAAAUUAUUAUGAAGCUCUUCUGUUUGCUUCAUGGAUCUAAAAAUCUUAUUGCCUAUCAUGUAAAGCUAGUCGGGUAUUUCUACAAUUGGAAAUGACAUUGAAAACAAAGAAAAAUGUUGGUAAUGCUCUAACAUGUUAGAAGAAAUCUUUUCCAUAUUAAUUCCUUAAACAGGUCUGCCACUGUCUAUGUUUUAGCCUUAUGACCUUAAGUUCAAAAUAGAUCAGCACAUCAAGACACAUGUUCUUUCCCUUUUGCGUGUGAGGAAAAAUAUUUGACUACUUAGUGAAAACUAUUUUUCACUUUAUCUGAUAUCACUAACCAAGGUGAUUUUGAACCAGAAAAAUCUUUUUAGAAAUUUUUUUGCAAAUAUAGACUUAAAAUAAUUUGAUUAUUCGCUGGCAUGCUUAAACCUGUUGGUAUUUUGAACCAAAACAAUGUGAAAUCUGAUC